AUGUGUAAUAUUAAUAUUAAUAAAGAACUAACUUAUGAAAAUUACAAGCAACCACAAACUUUAAGAGCUUGUCAGGUUCUUUAUGAUACUUUAUUACAAAUAGAUGAAGAAUCAUAUUAUAAUAUAGAACCUAUAAAACAGACAAAAGAAGAACAAGAAUUCUUUGGUAGACCAGAAAAUGAGAAAGCAAAUCUUCAGUAUGAGCCAUCUCCAAUGGUACAGCAGGAAAUCAAUCCUGAAGCUGGUCCAGGUCCUCAAACCCAAGCUCAUUGUGAAGGUAGACUUACUGAAUCAGAAGAAAUAGUAACUCAACAAACCACACCAUCAGAUAAUACAGAAUUGCAACCUGUUCAAGAAUUGCUUGAUCACAAAGAUAAAUUUCUAGAUUUAGAUAUAGAAGUACCAUGGCCAGUCCCAUUUCCUGAUAACAAAAAACAUCAUGUAAUAUUAAUAUGGCAAAAUGGAAUUUGGACUGCAAAAGAUAUGUUCAAGGUAGAUGGAGCUGAAUAUGCUUUCUCAACCUGGUUUACAGAAGCUAAAGAGAUAGAUUUGGCCAGUGUAAUAUUAGGAGCAGAAAAUAAAGAUGAAGCUAUGCAGGAGAAUUAUUCAGAAGAAGAAAUCAAUGAAAUCAUAAAAUUGGCAGUAGAUGCUUAUAGAGCAUCAGAUAAAGGAAGUGUUGAAAUGUGGACCAACCAACCUGAAAUUAAUAAUAUCGUUUCUGAGCCUGAUCUCGAAAAAAAGUUUGCUGAAAACCUAAGUUUGAAGGACUCAUCUGACCUCAAGGAUGAGAAACAAAAGAACAUAGCCUCAGAAACUAAGUUCGAAGCGGAUAGUAUUAUAUCAGUUUUUCUCGGUGGCACAGAUUGUGAAAUAACUGCUUAUUUGAGAUUGAACCUUGAAGUCAGAGAUUGA